AUACAUACUAAACUUAUACGAAAACCAAGUUUCUGUCAGGAAAUCUAUUGUAGUCAAAAUGCAACAAAACCAAUUGUAUUAUCAUUAAUCACGCCAAUCAAAUGUCAUUUAUAAUUGGGUUACUUCCGCUGUGCAUCUCUUAUAUUCCCACAUUUUCAACCCACUACAUCAGUUACUAUGUACAGAUUGUUUGUUUUAGUUCCAUUACUAACAACGCUUGUAGCAUGUACGGGGGAGGGCAACAUCCACCUAAUGGAAGAGGAAAUAGAGGACGCAAUACGUUCUUGCUCCAUCAAUAUAGAGAGAUUUAGAAAUAGUAAAAAUCUCAACCGCAGUCGUCGUAGCUACAACAAUAUUGAGUCGUACCCUCGAAUUGAUAGCAACACGAAACAAGAAACAAAUAUAUAUGACCACGAACGUCGCAAUGCAACCGAAAGGAAUCAAAUAUAUGUUUUAAAUGGCACAGAUUAUGAUUACUUGGGAUACGGAGCUGGGGAUGCGGGUGAAAAGCUUAUCAAAACUAUCCCACGUCCAGCACUCGGCAACGGUAGCUAUAACAACAGCCACCGUAUUCGCUUCAACAGAAACAAACGUAGCGAAUAUUUUCUAGGCACAGAUGACUCUGAUCAGUGCCUGAGUCAGUGUGUGUUCGCCAACUUACAAACUGUUGACAGCAAAGGUAUACCCAGAGAAGCAGAAUUGUGGAACAAAAUACAGACUUCAGUAAAUUCACAACAAUCGCGCACCCUACUAAGAAAUCAACUACAGUCUUGCUUUCAAGAGUUGCAAACUGAAUCUGAAGAAAAUGGGUGUUCCUACUCUAACAAAUUAGACCGCUGUUUGAUGCUACGCCUUUCAGAUCGUGAAAUAUUAUUUGCAUCCAAAAAUAACCAAUCAACAUACCAAAAAUUAUCAAGAACAUGAAACAGAAAAUAAGAGUGAAGUAUUUUAUUGCCUUUUUAAUAAACUAAUGAAAACAAAUGCAUCAAAGCAAUAAUAUUAGUUAUUAAUGAUUAUUAUUUUACUAAGUAUUGUUGUAGUCAUGAUUUUGUGUUUUAAUGAAUAAAUACUUCAGAGUAGGUGUCAUG